UUAAACGCACUCGCACUGAAGCCAUCAUGGUCCUGAGGCUCCUUUGUGUGUUGUGUUGCAUCGUGCUGCUGCCACGAUGGUCGGACGCGAAGUCGCUGCACGACAACAUCAAACCAGAAGUGGGUAUAGAUGCGGAUCAGGCUAAUGGUUUUCUCUCACGCACUCGGCGGAACGCGGACCCACGCUGGCACAGGCAGUAUCCUGACUUCCAGUCUUACUAUCGCUACUAUAGCAGCAUCGGUCACACAGAGGGGCUGUAUGAGAUCGACCGGAUCCGAAUGCUGUAUCAGCAGAUGAGACACCUGGAGCAAGUGCAUGGUCCUGAUGCUGCCACCUUCCAGAGCAAGCUGGGUGUGCCGAUGCUGCCCAGAUGUGACCCGUCCAAAGACAAACACUGCAAGCUGCCCCCUCCUCCUUCCUCUGUAAAAGGCCCUGCUCCUCCUCCUGUCAUUAAGCAAACCCCUGCCCCACCCCCUGCUGUUGUAAAAGGCCCCGCCCCCUUGGUCCCCUCCCAGGCUGAUGUUAUUCACCUGUGUAACGCCAAAGAUCCUCUGUGUAAGCCUCACAUUGUGUACCUGCCAACAGGGGCAAUACCUGUGCUCUGUGACCCCCGGUACCAUCCCAGCUGUAAGCUACAAGGCCCACCACCUCCUCCACCUAUGUCAGUUAAAGGCCCUGCCCCUGCACCACCUCCCGCACCUGUAGUCCAUAAAGGAAUGGAGUACGAUUGUGACCCCUACUGGGACCCCGACUGUCUUAUCGACAAACCUCCCCGCCCUAUGAAGGGUAAAUUUCUGCCCCCUCCACCUGUGCCUGAACCUGAAGAGGAGGAAGAAGAGGAGGAGGAGGAGGUGGAGACGCCGGCUCCACCCGCUCCCAUCGUUAAGAAACCCGUCUACCCAUUCUACGGUUCUCUGUAUCCAUAUGACGUCCACUCCGAGCUGUACAACGCAGCUCGCUUUUCUUACCCUUCCCCCAACACCAAAUAAAUAAACAAGUGAUCAGGAUGUAGUUGUCCUGAGGUUAUAAUGCUUUUAGCUGAGGACGAUGCAUGUGUUCAGUCAGCGCAUCGUCCAAAUUUUUAAACAUCAUCAAAAAUAAACGUGAAGCAAUAUUGUUAACUUGACGUGUGACUGUGUGGAAGUUACGCAAGCUGGUCUGUCCACUAGGGCGCCCCCUAUUGGUCAAAGCAAAAUAUGAGCUCUAGUGUCAAUCCAACACAAAGUGAUGUACCGUCUUCACCUUUCCUCUGCCAUCUUCUCUGUUUACACAUUACGUGCUUAUGUUUUGGCUUUGGCCAGCCCAGCGUGGGGAACUGCCACAUAGUCACACCUCAAACAUAUCCCCAGCCUUAGGCUUUCACAAUACAAUCAUCUACACAUCUACAGAGUUUUCCAUCGAUUUUCACUCAUUCUGACUCUACGUGUUUGUUUAAUGUGCAUGUUACACAUCCAUUGGAAAAUAAAACCCAAUUAAAACACA